UAAGAAUUUCAUAUGCGAUAAAUCACUCAGUUAAAAUAGCAAAAUAAUUAAAUAGACAGGAUUUGUGGGCAUCAUUGAAAUGUUUGAAAUUGGAAAAAUCAGGUACAAUUUGUAGUCUCAGAUUGGACCGUGUGCACGGCCCAUGAAUGCUGCUACGUCCUACGUAGACGCGAAAAUGUAAGAAUUUCAUAUGCGAUAAAUCACUCAGUUAAAAUAGUAAAAUAACUAAAUAGACAGGAUUUAUUGGACCGUGUGCACGGCCCAUGAAUGCUGAACAAUUCAAUUAUGUGUUUCUAUUAUAUCGUUGUUACAAUCUGAGAUUUCCGGACGUAAGUUAUGUCAAGUAGGAAUUAUAUCUCAGUCAUUUAGUCAGCACUGCAGCUAGGUAUAUUGUCAUAAAUUGAAACACACGUGGUAUCUACACAUCGCCCUCAAUUUUUUGAUCGUUCGGACUAAAUAGUUGGUGAUCAAUGAUUCGUGACACGAGUCAGAUCAUCCACUACCUGUCCAACUGUUCGCUACUAUCGUAAGUGUAGCUAACAUAGUCUACCAAAUUUCAAAUGGUUUUCAAGUAACAGCUAAAAGACAAUCUUGUAUCAAAUUAGUCUCAAACAAAAGAGACGCUAUUUGUCUUUCAUGUACAUAAAAUUCGUUCCUUUGUUCCACAUGUUCUUGGCUACAACGCAAUGUUUGACUAAUCCUUUGGCGAUUUCUACCAAUUUUUUUUUAUAUUUCAAAUUAUUGUUAUCAAUAUAGAAACAAUAUCCGUAUCAUUCGAUUCAUUGGAAGAACUAUAGUUGUGUAUAGUUGGAAUAGUAAAAAGACAUCCAUAAAGAAGAAUUCUGUUUAGACACGAUUUACACUCGGAAGCCCCAAAAUUCAUAAGAAUGAUAGUAAUAAUUUAGUAAAUUGUAUACACCAAUAUAGCAACGUGAUAAACAAACAAAUAUUACAUUUCUCGAUUCCAAUUUAUGUAAAAAAUACCGAAAUUUUGAAUCUAAUUAUUUCACUAUUUUAAAUUCCAAUUUGUUUAGCCGUAAAAUUAUUGCAUACCACAAGAGGACGCGGAAAAUUAAAGAUACGUUACUUUGUUACAUCUACCAUACAGAUUGAGUGAUAUAAACUAAAUAAACUCGCAGUGAUACAUCACUGGGUAUACUCGCGUUCGUGUCAAUUUAAUCACAAUUAAUCAUCACAGUGUGUGCUGAUUAUCAUUGUAUGACAAAUUAUACAUACGCAAAUUACGAUAAAAAGAAAUUAUCUUAUUUCUUAACUAUACCCUAACUAUACCCUAUAAAUAGUUUCUCUGAAUUAAAUAUAGUAAUUUGCCAGAAAUUCGUAACUAUACCAACAUCCUGCAAAAGCGAAACAUAGAUACAAGAUUAUAAAGAAUAAUUCUAGAACUCUCUGCGAAAUGAUUUAAAUAUUAUAACACGUGAUCAACAUCUCAUGCUAUAUAUAUAUUGCAUGAGAUAUUUACCACAUAUAUAUUAUAUAUAUAUAGAAAUAUUAUACUUGAGAUUUGCAUCCGUUGACCUGAUGUUACGCGAUCGAUCAAUAUUCAGAAAUAGCAGCAGUUCGAGACGACGUAGACGUUGUCAUAAUCGUGACGAAUUCACGUUAUCAUAACAUUCGAAGCGAACGUGACGUGACGUCGCUGGAAUUGAUUUCUCGCGGUGCACACACGUUCCAGGUAGACCGCUGUAUACUCUCGUAAAUAGGCUCGAGAAACGAUUCCUCAAGGUCCACCGUAUACGAACUACACGUUACCGGUGAGCUAUUAACUUUACCAUUCGCAUAAUCUUCUUAUAGUACAUAUAAGACAUACGUAGUAAAGCGAAGUAAUUAAUACUCGAUGCGCUCAGUGUGAACAUUAAUAUUUAUAUGCAGUAUUUGCAAGUAAUGUUUAUGUUAUACUUGUGUUCAUAAUUUGAUGACAAUCAAGAUAAUUAAUACAUGCUGUUCUAAUAUUUGUUUUAGAAGAAAUUUAGGAAAUUUUGGUAUUUUUAAAAAACGUAUCAUACUUGAAUUGCAAUUCGUUCUCAUCGUCCAAGCAAUCAACACGUUGAACAAUGACUCUACCCGUAAAUCAAUCAGUUUGUAAGAUAUUUAACAGUAGCCAGUUCCCUUUUGACUGCCGAAGAGUGCGGCAAUACUCGCUUCCUUCUAGUUUUCCAUACGACACCAACGAUACAAGAAACUUCACUUGAAGUUACGAAUCAGUACUUUUCAGUUGGAACUUUUUAACGACUAUUAGAAAUUUUCUUUAUUCGUGAGAACUGCGGCACAUGUUACGAAUGACGUAAUUGAGAUCUCAUUUACAUUUCAAAUACAGAUAUUAAAGCAUAGCGAGAGAUAACAUUCAAGACUCUGAGUUACGUUUUGAACAAACUUUGCUUUAUGUUUGGAAAUACUUUCGUUUUAAUACUUUUCAUCAUCAGUAUUAUACAUUUUGAUUUCUGUAAUUGUACGAAUGUUAUAUCGGUAAAGUAUCCAAAGGAUAAAUGUCAUUAUCGAAAACUCCGAUAGUAUAGUAUAGUAUAGUAAACGGAUCUUAUACUUGCGACUCUACAGAGUUAGCGACAGUUGUUUAUAUCUUAGAAUCUGUUCACCUCUCUAUCAAUUAUGAUUCACAUAGUCGAGUUUAAUAUCCUGUAGUAAUUAUCUGACAACUCGGUACAUGCAUAGUACAUAUAAGACAUACAUAGUAAAGCGAAGUAAUUAAUACUCGAUGCGCUCAGUGUGAACAUUAAUAUUUAUAUGCAGUAUUUGCAAGUAAUGUUUAUGCUAUACUUGUGUUCAUAAUUUGAUGACAAUCAAGAUAAUUAAUACAUGCUGUUCUAAUAUUUGUUUUAGAAGAAAUUUAGGAAAUUUUGGUAUUUUUAAAAAACGUAUCAUACUUGAAUUGCAAUUCGUUCUCAUCGUCCAAGCAAUCAACACGUCGAACAAUGACUCUACCCGUAAAUCAAUCAGUUUGUAAGAUAUUUAACAGUAGCCAAUUCCCUUUUGACUGCCGAAGAGUGCAGACGUGCUGGGUGCCCGGAGAGGUCUCUCCCUCGAUACCGGACGUGGAGAGAAAGUGUUCCCGAAAGUGCAAAAAACGGGGAAAACAAAAAAUACAACGAGUGCCACCGCUCAGGAUAUCAAACAACGGCGAAACAUAUGCCGUACACAAAAAUAUGGAAAUCCAAGAAUCUACAGAAACCGAAAUGGAUAUUACUCGAAUGAGCGACGAUACAAACGCCAACAACAACGAAAUGACACAACAAGACGGAAACUGGAAGGUCGUAACUCCCAGCAAAAGAAGAAAAAUUACAACAAACGCAAAUACUAGGAGGGCUGCAGAAACAGAAAGUAAGCAGUGGCUCCAAGAAAUCCCACUACAAAACCCCUUCAGCAUACUACCACAAGAGAAGGAACCAGAAACAACUGAAAAACCAAAACACAACGCCAAACCACCACCAAUAUACAUCGAUGCGCAAGUAAUAGACCCCCUCGUCGAACUGCUAAACAAUACGGCAGGCAAAGAAAACUACUCAAUAAAACAAUUAAAACUGGACCAGGUAAAAGUGCUAAUCAACGCCCCAGAAACCUACAGAAAAGUGGUAAAAGUGCUAAAAGAAAAAAACGCCGGGUACCAUACCUACCAACUCAAAACCGACAAAAGCUAUAAAGCAGUUAUCAGAGGACUACACCCAAAAACAAAUACAAGCAACAUAUGCGACGAACUAGCCAAAAUCGGACACCAGAUAAGGAUAAUAAACAACAUAACGAGAUUUAAUACUAAACAACCACUACUGCUAUUCCUAAUUGAACUCGAACCUAAAAACAACAACAAGGAAAUUUUCGAAAUCAAACAAAUCCUAAACACAAAUCCACAACAAGACAGGGCAGAAGCUGAGACACCAAUAAAAGUACAGCACGUAAUGAACAACAACCACAAUAAUACCAACACCACUGGCAGUCGAAGCUACGCGCAAGCAACCAAGGAAGUAACACCCGUAGCCAACCAAAACCACAACAAUAACACCAACGACGCUACAGAAAUAAAAGAACUAUUAAAACAAUCCAUCAAAAGCACCGACAUGUUAACAAGAACGAUAAGCGAACUAAACGAAGCAUUCAUACAGCAAUCAUUACAAAUCACAGCUAUGAUACAACUGAUAACAACCAUGCUAAGCAAAAAGUAAAAACGGACAUACUAAAAAUAGCUGCCUGGAACUCUAACGGCCUACAACAAAGGGCCAUUGAAACCAAAGCAUUCCUGUACCACAACAACAUAGACAUACUACUCGUAUCAGAAACGCAUUUCACAACAAGAAGCUACACAAAAAUACCAUAUACGGUACCAAGCAUCUCUCAGGAAAAGCACACGGAGGGACCGCAGUGAUAAUAAGAAACGACAUUAAACACCACCUACACAGUCAAGUUAAUAAAGAACACAUACAAGCAACUACCGUUACCGUACAAACUAGCAGCAACCGUCUACAGCUGUCAGCAGUAUAUGCACCACCGCGACACAAAAUUACAGCACAAAUGUGGGAAGAAUACUUCCAACAACUAGGCGACAAGUAUAUCGCAGCAGGAGACUACAACUCAAAGCACACAACAUGGGGAUCAAGAAUCACUACACCUCGAGGCAGAACCCUGGAAAAACACAUCAGGAAAAACAAUCUCAAUAUAUUAUCCACAGGAAGACCGACAUACUGGCCGACAGACCUGAGCAAAAUCCCUGACCUACUCGACUUUGCAGUUACAAAGGGAUUAAAUGGAAAUAAAAUAAAUAUAGCAUCCAGCCUCGAGCUUAGCUCCGACCAUACACCCAUAAUAAUAACAUAUAGAAACAAGCCAAUACUCUACACAACUCAGAGACACUAUGCAACAAAUCCACUAAUUGGCAAACCUUCAAAGAAAUAAUUGAAAGCAAAAUCAACUGCAACAUCCCACUGAGAACGCCCCAACACAUCGAACAAGCUGUAACAACACUUACAGAAACUAUACAAGAGGCAGCACGGGCAACCACAAAACCAAAAACUACCACUAGACAAACAAAACAAUACUUGAAUUGCUUUGAUAUUAUCGACAAUGUUUUCAUCGACGUGAAUUCACCGACACCGAGUAUGUUUAUUUGCCGACCCGUUGAAACCAUCGACAAUCGUCCCACCGAUAUUUGCCGACAAUUAUUGCAUCGGCAUGUGCUAUCAUUGAUUAUGCAUCUUUAUUUAUACUAUACAUUCAUUUCCGUGUAAAGGAAAAUAAAGAGGAAAAUAGAAGAGAAAUGAUAAAAAUCAUUACGACGUACUGUUACUGUGUUAAUUAACAUAAGAUAAAAAUGCUUAUCUACAAAAAAGAUUCCACUUCCGAUCUCCAAUAUAAUUUUUAAUAUGUUGUCAAGGACAUCGCAUUGAAUAAUGCGUGGUAUCGACAACUUCUUGCGAAUAUCUCGAAAACCAAGACAAACAGUACAUACAUAAGAAAUUUCUAAAUCAUCGUGUUAUUUCUUGUUUAAUUUCCUUCACGUUUUUAAUAAUAUUUCUCCUACGGUUAGAAGAGAUGAUUUAGGAAGGAAAGAGUGAUUGGUGUCAG